AUGGACGCGUUCUUUUUCGUUCUUUCACCAUUUAUCGCGUUCCUUGCUGCUGACGAUGACGGAGAGCACUCGAUCAAUAUCAAAGAGCUAAAAAUAUUGCUCUGGCUUAUGUUUGGAUCGGAACCGAGCUCAAAAAUGGUCGAGAAUUUCAAGAACGCGUUGGAUAGCAACCACGAUGACUCUCUUAACGCGAUGGAGUGGGUCUCGUAUGCUCUUGAGACCAAUGAACAGACCGGAAGCCAGUCAAUCGUCAACCAGAUCCAUCUUCUCUUCGCGACGUCGGACGUCAACGGAGACGCCAUUUUGACUCUACCAGAACUUCAACGUGGUCUGAUUUCUAUUUUCACAGACCAUUUAGAACCUGUAAACACGCCGUCUAAACCAGUCAAAAGUGUGGAAACGCGCAGUUUUCUACCAUUUCAAGUCUUGCCACCGAUCUGGUCAAGGAAAUCAUGGGGGAACUCGAUGCAAAUGACACGCGGCGUAUCGAAUGGUACGAGUUCCGACAACAUCUCGAGUACCUUGACCGCCGCGUGA